AUGCCUGUGGAGUUAGAAAGCAUCCGAACACGACAAAUUGUCGCGUUACGGACAAUGAUCAACCUGAAUGAGUCAGUCGUCAGCUCAGGAGUGAAAGAACCUGUCUGGAAAAUCUUGAUCCUCGAUAAAACUGGACAAGAUAUCAUCUCACCACUUCUUCCAGUCAAGCAACUCAGGGAUCUCGGAGUUACUCUCCAUUUGAUGCUCGGAAAUCGUCGAGAGCCACUCACUGAUGUUCCCGCAGUUUAUUUUGUCUCUCCUACUGAUGAAAACAUUGAUCUAAUGAGUGAAGAUCUCAAAAAAGCGAUGUAUGAUUCAUUUUUCUGUAAUUUUAUAUCACCACUUGCACGUCCUCGUUUGGAAUCACUUGCUUCAGCAGCUGUUCACGGUGGAGCUGUGUCUCAAGUUCAAAAAGUGGUCGACCAAUAUCUGAACUUCAUUUCUCUAGAAGACGAUCUUUUUGUUCUUCGUCGUUACAAUGAGAACAGCUUGUUUUCAUAUUAUUCUAUGAACUCUCCUGGCACUUCUGAUGUUGCCGUCAAUUCAAUGCUAGAAUCAAUCGCCGAUGGUCUUUUCGCUGUUUGUGCUACAAUGGGAAUAGUUCCAAUAAUCAGAUGCCCGAAAGGAAAUGCUGCAGAAAUGGUUGCAAAGAAACUCGACCAAAAGCUUCGUGAUAAUCUGAGAGAUUCUCGUAACAACUUGUUCACUAUGGAUGGUGUUCGAAUGGGUCAUAUGCAAACUACUCGCCCGCUUCUGGUCAUUGGUGAUCGUGGUGCUGAUCUCGCAACAAUGCUACAUCAUACAUGGACAUAUCAAGCUCUGAUGCACGAUGUUUUGGAACUCGACCAAAACCGUGUAACUAUCAACAACGUGACAGCUGGUAAGAAAAAGGAGUACGAUAUGGGAACUGGAGGAACGGAUAAGCUAUGGAACAAUCACAAAGGAAGUGCUUUCCCAACAGUCGCCGAAGCUGUUCAGGAGGAUCUUGAUGCUUACAGAAGUAGUGAAGAGGAGAUAAAAAGAUUGAAACAAGCCAUGGGUAUGAGCGGUGAAAAUGACGCUGCUGACGAAGCUAUGACGAGUCUCCUCGCUGAUACUACUGCUAAACUUGGGUCUACAGUUACCAGUCUCCCACAAUUGUUGGAAGCAAAACGACUUAUUGAUUUGCAUACAAAUGUUGCAACUACUUUACUGGAUGUCAUAAAAGAACGAAAGUUAGAUGUUCUUUUCGAACUUGAGCAAAAGUUGUUGCAACACUCCCAACUUGAUCAGCCAGUAACACAGUUCUUAACCAAUAUCAGCCAUCAAGAAGAUGUUCUUCGUGUACUUAUUAUUGCCUUUUUAUGUCAAGACACUGUCAGUCAAAAUAGCUACGAUCAGAUGAUGAAUUUGCUUCGAGAAAGAGGAAUUGAAGAAUCGGCGCUGAAACAUGUACAGAAGCUCAAAUCGAUUUCCCAACUCGGUUCUCGAGCAGCAAACUCUACUCAUACUGAAGAACAUCAAGGUGCUGGUACAAAGACAAUAAGCAUGUUUGGAAAACUAUUGAGUCAUAGCUCGAAAUUUGUGAUGGAAGGAGUGAAGAAUCUUGUUCCGAAAGAGCAUAAUCUUCCUCUUACAAAAAUGAUUGACUCCUUAAAUACUCCUCCAUCGUCGACAGGAAUUUCAUCUGCUGUCGGAAUAAAUCAGAUGAUUGGAGGCUCUUCUCAGGCACCAGAUAUUGAUGAUACAUACUGCUUUUUCGAUCCAAAGCUAAUGCAUCAACCCACGAAAGAAACUAUCACAUCAGCUCGUCAGCAACCUGCUCAAGACAUUGUAUUGUUUGUUGUCGGUGGAGGAAACUACGUUGAAUAUCAAAAUCUCGUAGAUUACGGUAAACGUAAAAAUCUGAUGCGAGUGACAUACGGAUGCACAGAACUUGUCAACCCUUCUCAAUUUUGCGACCAGGUUCGUCCCCGUAUUCUUCCUUUCUUGUAG